AGUGACAGAUACUAAACUAAGCUGUCUACAUCAGAAACAUUGCUUGUUUCUUUCUUUCUAUCUAAAAAUUCUAAAUUUUAAAAGGGACAGUGAUUUAAACGGAAAUUCAAUAUGGGUCGCCGUUCAAUAAAUACCACUAAAAGUGGUAAAUACAUGAAUCCAACGGAUCAGGCUCGAAAAGAAGCCCGAAAAAAGGAAUUGAAAAAGAAUAAAAAGCAACGUCAAAUGGUGAGAGCGGCUGUGCUGAAAGGAAAAGACCCGGCACAAUUGAUCGAAGAAAUGGAGAAAAUCGAUGAAAUGGAAUACAAUGUAUUACAACCAUCACCAUUGAACGAAAAGGUUCUGCGUGAAAAGCGAAAGAAAUUGAAGGAAACGUUUGACCGUGUUAUGCGAUUAUAUCACAAUGAUGAUCCGGAGCUAUGGGCCGAGUUAAAACGCAAAGAAGUGGAAUAUGAACGACGUCGUAACAAGCGUGUUCAGUACUUUGAGAGUGUACGAACUGCUCAAACCGUUCAAAUCGAAGAUAUUCCAUUGCCAGACAUGAGCGAAAAACCACCAACAGCUCCAGUAUCACAACCGCAACUUCAAUUCGGAUCUGUGCCUAUGCCACCCAGUUUUCCUCCACAAAUUCCAACCGGUGGCGUGCCGAUUCCACCUAGUAUACAGAAUGCUAUUGCUGCCCAUCAAAAGGCAGUGGCUGAAGAGAAAACUGCUGCUAGCGAACCGAAACGAAAAGAUCCUCCUGGUUGCCCACCAGGACCGCCGCCAGAUUUGUUGUCAAUGCGUGAAUUAGAUUCAGACUACGAGAGUGAUGACAGUGAUCGGGGACGAAAGUCACCGGUUUCCAAGCGAUACAAGUCAUCGUCUAGACGGUAUUCGUUAGAUCGAAGUUCGAAUCAAUCAAGUGACCAAAACAGUGACAGUGAAGACGAAGUCGAUGUUCCGAAACCGACGUCAGUGCAGCAACGAAUGCUAGCGAUAGCUGGCCAGAAGUAUGAUGAUUUCAUGAAGGAAUUGGAAAACGUGCACAGUCAAUCAGAUGAUCGACAAUCAUCGAGACAAAGUGACAGACACCGUAGCGAUGGCGAUAGCAGAAGUGAUGACGAUUUGAGAGACAGGCGCAGAGACAGAGAAAGAUUGAGAGAUAACGAUGAAGCAAAACAGGGUGCGACCGAAACAAAUGUCAGUGCACAAGAGAGAAAACAAGACAAUGAACAUAGUGCCGGGCAUGCAUUGCGAAAAGAAAAUCCCGCUGCUAUUCCUAAUAUUUCCGCGGUACCAGCGCCACCAAUGCCACCGCCAAUGAUGCACAACAAAAUGCCAAGACCACCACCACCACCAAUGGGUAUGCCACAAAUGAUGUUCCGACCGCCUCCCAUGCGACCUGGUUUACAAGCACUUGGAAUGCGUAUGCCACCUGCUGGUCCAAAUAUGAUGCCUCGCUUCCGUAUGCCACCUGGUCCACCACCUGGUGCACCUCCAAACCGACUAAUGCAUCCACAUCAUAACAAAUUUGGUCCACAGCAUCCACCACAACAACAACAAAAUAUGAUGCAACAGCCGCCAAAAGAUACAAAGGGAAUGACAACAAUCACAGCUAAGCCGCAAAUUCGUAAUCUAAGCGCUGACGUGACACGGUUCGUGCCAUCUGCAUUACGAGUGAAACGCGAGGAUAAAAAGGUUCAGAAACCAAAGUCAUUCAUCAAUGAAUACAGUCGACAACAGCAAAGUGAAAGCACGGCAAAUAAGGGAACAACCAAGGACGAUGCCUACAUGCAAUUCAUGCGUGAAAUGCAAGGUCUUUUGUAAACGUCUCAAUCAGUUAGUUUUUAACGAGAUAGAAAAGAAAUUGACUCAUUACAACUUAUACGGAAAAUGUAAACGAGAGUUUAAAGAGAAAUAAACGAUUUUAAUAACAA